UCCAGAAGGCCACACCCUCCAGGGAGCAGGUGUUUGGACCUCACAUUCCCCUCCGUUGUCCCAAUUCCAUAAAAGGAAACUCAGACUCUGUCAAGAUGAGGGACACCCAAGGGAGGGGACUGAAACCUCGUGCAUCUGGCCGUGACACAUCAGGUGUGUCCUUCUGUUUAAAGAGCCCGACAGCCAACUUCCUGCUAGUAUGAAAAGUUCAGUUUCUGGGCUUAAAAAGAAAGAGAAGAGAGAGGAAUCUUAAACCUUGCCUAUAAAGGAAUUUACUUUCUCAAAUCCAGUUUUAUAAACAAUACCAUGAAAGGCCAGAAAGAAGCUGAUCCGAUUGGGGUAUUUGUGUUUCAUUUCUCAACUUGCUGCAUUCCAGGAGCAGGUUUGUGGCGUUCGGGCGGGAACGCAGUAGAAAAUACCCCGGAUCAGGGAAAUGUGCUCAUUACCAUUUGGAAACGCAGAACCAUGUGUUUCUCCAGCUGCCGAUUUUCCAGCUCCCCGCGGGACCGCAGGAUUAGUUCAUCUUGGCCCAAGGACAGCAUGACGGAUUCUCUCGGCCACAGCAAUGAUAUUUCCCUGGUUCAGGACAGGGACAAUGGCAGGAGGCGGCCAGCUGUACAGUUGGCCCUUCAGGUUGGGGAUCCAGGCUCGGCAAGUGCGGAUUUGGGAGGAAAUGAGUUCCUCAUGGCUCAGUCCCUCGUCUGGGAUCUACAAGCAGCUGGCACACACUCCAAGAUCCUUUUUGCUUUCCGAAGUCUGUCUUCACCAGUCUGCGAUGAAAGGAAAAUCAGGGUUCCUGACAAUGAGCGUGCAGGCCCCACCAACCCAAGCAGAAGCUUUCUACACAUGAGCCAUCGCCUGCGUAUUCUCAGCCUGCUUCCUUGUCUUCAUUUGCUCCAAAUUAAAUGUUUGCCAUAGGAAAACCGAGCAUAUCAUGACCAUGACGUCUAACUUCGCUUGUCAUUUGUUGUGGAUAAAGUUCACACCGCCUCGUGUUAUGCUGUUUGCUAAGGUGCGCUUUACAGUUUGCAGUCUUUUCGCUUGUUUGGAAACAUAACCUGAGAUCUGUGUGGGCUUGCUGUCGGCCUCUGAGAGCUCCACAUCUGUGGAUUUAACCAAGCGUAGAUGAAAAGUAUUUGGGGCACACAUUGGCUGUGGACAGACUUUGUCCCCGUCAUUCCCUUCAUGACACACUGUAACAAUUAGUUAUACCGCGUUCACGCUGCAUCAGAUACUGCAGAUAAUCGGGAGGUGAUUAGAAGUCUACUGCAGGGUGUGUAUACGCUGUAUGCAAAACUAUAUUACUUUACGUGAGAGACUGGAGCUUUGUGGAUUUUAGUAUCCCAGGUGCAGCCUGGAACCAGUUCCCCACUGGACACCAAAGGAUGACUAGAAAUACACAAAACCUCAGUUAUUAAAUCUCAGUGUUGGGGCUAGGGAUGGAGCUCUGUGGUAGAGCACAUGCUUAGCAUGUAUGAGGCCAUGGGUUCUGUUUCCAGGACUGAACAA